GGAGCACUUGAACAUGGCCGCUGAAUGCACUCUCUUGUAAAUUGCUUUGGACAAAGGCGUCUGAUAAAUCAAAGGUAUUCCCCUUUGACUCGUCCCAAACCAUUGUCACGACGCCUCCUGCUCCACGUCACAGCUCCGAGGGCAGACUGGUUUAGCCCCGUGCCUCUCUGGCUGUCUGCUGGCUCACAUAGCCAGUGGGGACUUCGUCGGUGCCGGACGGAGCCUCUGGUGGACGCCAAGUUGUACUUGGCCAAUUACCCCACUCUUCCGAGCCGUCCCGGUCGUUCCUCCACCCCCUGUGCCGAUCCAGGGGAGGGUUGCAGACUACCACAUGCCUCCACUGAUACAUGUGGAGUCGCCAGCCGCUUCUUUUCACCUGACAGUGAGGAGUUUCGUCAGGGGGACAUCAGGGAGAAUCACACUGCCCCCCCCCCCGAACAUGCACCCCGACCGACCAGAGGAGACGCUAGUGCAGCGACCAAGACACACCCACAUCCAGCUUCCCACCUGCAGACACAGCCAGUUGUGUCUGUAGAGACGCCCAACUAAACACGGAGAUUCGAACCAGAGAUCCCCGUGUUGACCAAAAUCCUGAUUCAACACUCAGCAGGAGUUGUCUCACAGGAACCAUGACGGCCGUCAAUGCACCUCGUGACAAAUACAAUGCAGUGUGGAUCAUUUUCUUCAUACUUGGUCUGGGAACCCUUUUGCCAUGGAAUUUCUUCAUGACGGCAACAAUGUAUUUCACCAGUAGGCUGAGAGACCAGCCUAUUGAAGUCUCCUCCAAUCACACGUCUAACGGGACCCUGAAUGGCCAGGACACUCGGAACGUCCUGGAGUCGAAGUUUAACAAUGUGAUGACGCUGUGUGCCAUGGUACCUCUGCUCAUCUUCACCUGCCUCAACUCGUUCAUACACCAGAGGAUUCCCCAGAAGCUGAGGAUAUUAGGUAGUCUAAUGGUCAUCCUGGUGGUAUUCUUGCUGACGGCCAUUUUGGUCAAGGUGGAUGUGUCACCGCUGCCCUUCUUUUCCCUGACCAUGAUCAAAAUCAUCUGCAUCAACUCCUUUGGUGCAAUUCUCCAGAGCAGUCUCUUUGGGCUGACAGGGCUGCUGCCUGCCUCCUACACUACUCCCAUCAUGAGCGGACAGGGGCUGGCUGGGACCUUUGCCGCUUUCUCAAUGAUUUGUGCUCUGGCCAGUGGCUCAGCCCUGCAGGACAGUGCAUUUGGCUACUUCAUCACAGCCUGCGUGGUGAUUCUAUUGGCCAUAAUGUCCUACAUCACUCUGCCAAAAAUGGAGUUUUUCCAGUAUUAUACGGAGAGCAGCGGAUCUAGGUCCUGCAGUGACGAGGAGAACAAGAUGGACUUGCUCAAGAAAGAAAAGCGACCGGUGGUGAGUCUAACAGAAGAGGAGGCCAGUACUUCCGUGUCUGUGUUCAGUAUCUUCAAACAGAUCUCCGUAAUGGCUCUGUCAGUUUGCUUCAUCUUCACCAUCACCAUUGGGACCUUCCCAGCUGUUACAGUUGAGGUCAAGACGACUGUAGUAGAUAAAGGAGCCUGGGACACCUACUUCAUCCCUGUGUCAUGUUUCCUCCUCUUCAACGUGAUGGACUGGGCCGGCAGGAGUCUGACCGCUGUCUGUAUGUGGCCUGGUAAGGACAGCAUCUGGCUGCCUGUCCUGGUGGGCCUGCGGGUGGUCUUUGUGCCUCUGUUCAUGUUGUGUAAUGUCCAGCCUCGCAACUACCUCCCCGUAAUUUUCGCCCACGACGCCUGGUACAUCAUCUUCAUGAUUCUCUUCUCCUUCUCCAAUGGAUACCUGGCCAGCCUCUGCAUGUGCUUCGGACCCAAGAAGGUGGCACAGCAUGAGGCAGAGACAGCGGGGGCCAUCAUGGCCUUCUUCUUAUCCCUGGGCUUGGCAUUGGGCGCGGCACUGUCCUUCGCCUUCCGCUCCAUGAUCUAGAGCUCUAAGCAGAACCGCAGAGUGGGCUACAGCUGUGACCAGCCUGAGCGGAGACCCCUUCCUCCCACCCCCAUCCCAGUUACUCCCCAUUUCAUGACACAUAAGGGAGAACCCAUGAACAACAGUACUAGCAAACCUCAUGUCCCUUGCAACCAUCAGCCAAGUGAGAGAACAAGAGGCAAAGGGAUCGGCAGCCUACUUUUCAAUUCCUUAAAUGGAGUAGAGUCCAACUUUCGUUGGCCAGUUUUUGUUUUUGUUUUUUACCCCUGUCUAGCUGCCACGGAAGUGAUUUAUGACACAUACCGAUGCAUACUUGUGCUUGUCUCCCGUUCUGGACAGUUAUAGAGUUAUAGUAGUGUCGCACACUUUGAAAGGCAGUUCCUAACAGUUUUUUUCCCCUUCGGCCAGAAACGGACAGGAGGCAGGAGAGUAGGAGUGCAACGGUCCAGUUAGCCCACGGUUCGGUUCGUACCUUGGUUUUUGGGUCACAGUUUCGGUUCGGUUCGGUUUCAAAUUACAUUGUUGGUGAAAUAAGUUCGGGAGGGAAUAACGUAGCACGGAUCGAGCGUAUGCGUUAGCUGACGAAAGCCCACAUCUCCAACCACCGAAAAGGGCUGCAUGUCUUUAGCAAUGAACACCCCCGGGGGCUGCACGGGUUAUUGUUUUGUGUUUCUCUGAGUUGGCGCUAUAGGUUUGUUGGAAAGCAUCUCCGAUAGACGGUUGUUUUGUUCACUGGUGCGGUUACCCGUGCGUCUGUCCUGCUUCCAGAGAGCGAGACAUCUGGGUGGUGCCGGCGGAGAUGCUGGCUCAUAUUGGAAGUGUUUCCACUUGCGUAGUACGGGGACAUGGGUCAAGCAAUGCUUGCAGCACACAGUGUUAUUUCUGUCCACUGUUUUGUCUCCCUCAUCGUUGUAUUCAACAGCAAACCCGAAAUGUCCGCAGAUUUGUAUGAAGACGGUGCUUCUUCAAACUUUUCUCUCUCUACUCCUCCACUCGCCAUGACUUUUUUUUCUGCUUCUGCAAGCUACCGCCGUCUUUUCAACUCGACUGUCGGCUCCAGUUACAAGGGGGCUGGGGGGUGGGGGGCUAACAGUGAAAAAUCCAUUCGCCGGCAGUAAGAAACGCCUGUCAACUAUUCACGCACAUUUUAACUGCAAAACCGAAAACCCCGGUCCAUAAGGGCGGGUUGAACCGUACAGGGCGGACUGUACGGUUCGGUUUUAAACCGAAAACCGUUGCAAGCCUACAGGAGAGGGAGCUAUUUCCCACUCAGUGCAUCAAAACUGAUCUUGGUAUAGAAAUUAAGCAUAGAUGUGGUAUGUAGUAUUAGCUGUGGUAGCAUUUAUCUUCUGGAAUGUUUUACAUGUUCAAUGUAUUUGUGUGUUUUAUGACCUUUUUUGUCAUUUGGAUUGGAAAAGUUUCACUUGAAAUGCCAUUUUUGUCUCGCAUAGAGUGUCAAGCACGGUAAAAUUAGUAAAUUUUCUAAAAUCCUUGUUUACACAAGACUCCUGCACACACUUAGUGUUCAUGGCCAAAUUCAAGCCAAAGUGGUGAUUUGGUAAGAAAUUGAUGUUAAGUUACAACAUGUUAAUACUUUGCUCCUCUUUUCUAAAAUGAGCAGUAAAAAGGAUUGUUACAUAGUUAUGAAUCUCAGAAAUACAAUUUUUCCUUUUCCGUAUAUUUUUUUUGCAUGUUUGAGUCUUUGAUAAAGUCAAAGAACCCUCUUUUUUUUAUCAGCAUGGCCCCAUUCAUGCAUUUGGCUGGUCCAUGUAAAUGGGUAGAGGCCAAAGGUCAUAAACUUUGGCUUGUUGGAGGAUAUUAAACUUUAACCUGUUGCGUGGUGGUGGAUUGAGAAAAAAAUUCUUUGUAUGUAAAACAUGACACUGACCUACCACAGUUAUUUAGUUUUUAUGUAUUUAUAAUGAAGCCAAACAUGGAAAAGGAAAAAUGGGGUGCUGCUGAAGGGAAGUUUUCAUGUUACUUUGCUCUCUGCAGCUCUACUCCCAUAGCCUUACUUAUCUUCUCACCUGACCGGGGUCUCCUCUGUCCCAAAUCGUCCUUUAAGGCUCUUAAUAACCUAGCUCCUUCAUAUCUUUCUGAACUUCUUCAUAGCCACAUUGCCCUCCUGCACUCUCAGAUCCUCUUCUUUGGCCUCAUGUAUCAGCGUUACUAUGGGCAAAUUUGUGUGUGGACACCCAUGGGAUUUUUUAGCCCUGAAGUUUGUCUCCGAGACCAGUGUAGAACCUGGGUAACCCCUGAAUUUAGACACCGAUUGGCUAACACUGAUGUAUUUGCAGGCCUGGGUGAUUGCUCGUUGCAAGAGGUACACAGUAGAUGUUAGGAGGAAGGAAUUAUAAAUAACCAUCAUGCUAUGCUGCUGCCUGUCACGCAAUCUUGAGGGCUAAAAAAUUCCAUGGGUGUGUACGCACAAAUUUGCCCAUAGUAACGAUUGAUACAUGAGGCCCCUGCUCUCCAACUCACUACAUCACUGGCCCGCUUGACUACCAUGGGGUCUAGAGCCUUCAGUCAUUCUGCCCCCCACCUAUGGAACUCUUCCACAAGACAUUAGCAACACUAACUCUCUUUCAUCCUCCAAAUCCCAUCUCAAAACGUACCUUUUCUAACUGGCAUAUUCAGUCUGAUGCACGCUUUGUUGAGUUUUGUGCUGCUGCUGAUUUUAUAGUUAUCUGUUGUGUUAACUUUUUAUUGUCUACCCUGCUUUGUUUUGAUAUUAUGUUGUCUGAUACAGUGCUGCUUGUUUUUUGAACUGUGUUCUGUAAGGUGUCCAUGAGUGCUCUGAAAGGUGCCCACAAAUAAAAUGUGUUAUUAUUAUUAUGGCGGCACGGUGGCGCAUUGGUUCAUGCAGUCACCUCACAGCAAGAAGGUCCUGGGUUCGAGCACCAAGGUAGUCCAACCUUGGGGGUCGUCCCGGGUCAUCCUCUGUGUGGAGUUUGCAUGUUCUUCCUGUGUCUGCCUGGGUUUCCUCCGGGGGCUCCGGUUUCUUCCCACAGUCCAAAGACAUGUAGGUCAGGUGAAUCAGCCAUACUAAAUUGUCCCUAGGUAUGAAUGUGUGUGUGUGUCUCGGCCGGCCCUGUGUGAUGUUCUGGUGGCCUGUCCAGAGUGUCUCCCCGCCUGCCGCCCAAUGACUGCUGGGAGAGGCUCCAGAACCCCCGUGACCCUGAGAACAGGAUAAACGGUUUGGAUAAUGGAUGGAUGGAUAUUAUCUUUGAAUCAGAUCAGUUAUUGCUUCGAAUGUAUUGAAGUUUGAGUCAGAUGGAUCGGUCCUCAGUGCUAAAUUCGAGGCCUGAUUCACAAAUCUGGGCUAUCAUCCUACAUCAGAAAGUUUCUUCUGCUGGUUGUUCAUUGUCUUAUUUUUUAUUUAUCAUCACAUGAUAGAUGAAGUUGUUCCAGCCGGGGCAGUUCCAGGGUACAUUGUUUCGCCGGGGGUCUCUUUCUUAUGUUGCUUUACCUUUGACUUGGCUGAUCUUGAGCAAGGACAAUUGAAGUUACAAAGACAUACACUGCCGUUCAAAAGUUUGGGAUCACCCAAACAAUUUCGUGUUU